AUGAAGCUCUUCACAACCUUGGGCCUGUUGGCCUCCGCUGGGCAGUACUGGCUUGCGUCAGGACUGCCUCAGUUCCCCGACAACCCCAUGUGCACAGCUGGCAUCACAUCCGUCGAAGUCCAGCCCGUACAGUUUAUCGUGCGCCGCCCGAUCUACAUCAGCGCGUUCCUACCGGCCAACACAGUCUUGAUCCUCGACGACGGACUUACACUCACAGUCACCAAUGCGCCGUUGACGCUCAUCACCGAAAUCGACAAGCUGGGCACUCUGACCUCCGAAGUGACCAGAAUCAUCGAGGGAAUCUCAUCUCUCCCCAACGCAUACGUCACGAUCACAAGAGGUGGCCAGUCGGGAACAGAGGCAAGCACCAUCACCGUGCUUCCCUCUGGUCCGGAUGGCGUUGGCACUUACCUCGUCUUCACCCCCUUUGCGCUUACCGACGCGACGACCGGAGCUGGUAUUCUGCCAACACCCACGGUCGGAAGCCCUGCGGCAACAAUCGUCGGCUCUCCCGAGGAUGCCAGUCGUCUCCUGACCGAAGCCCUGAACAGCUUGGGUAACUUUGUCCCGCCGGUAACAAACGACCCCGGCGCGACCCCGGCCAGCCCGGCUUCAGUCCCGGUGACGCUUUUGCCCACCGGAGGAGCUCUGCCUGCUGCGUUUUUCACCACCGUCAAUGUUGGUGGUGCCGAUGGGGUGCCUCGGAACCUGACUGUUACCUCUGGAACCGAGGGCACAGUUUUCGCGCAGACCUUUGACAGAUUCUCGGUCACCGUGACUGGUCCCGACAAUGUCAUUACCGUUCUCGGAAACGCUGGAGUCUCGCCUUCAGCCAUCACCUUGGCCGGAAACCGAGCUGCAGCGGCGGCCUCUGGAGUCAGUGGUGACGUCUUGCAGAUCAUCCAGACCCCUGGAGGUGAGGCAAACUUCCUGGAGCAACUUCUCACGACCACAGUAGGUGCUCAAGGGAUCGAGGGAACCAACACAUUCACAAUUGUUCCUACUGGAACCGGAAGCGUUGGUGCUGUAGUUGUCCAGACUCCUCUGGCAGGUUCCGCAGGCAUUUUUGCCGGACCGCUCAGGACCAUCACGGCCGGUGGAAACACCGGUUCUGAUGCAGUGACAUUUACGGUUCCUCCUCAAGGAACAGACCAAACUGGCACCGUUGUCGUCCAGCCAGCGCAGAUUGCUUUCACAGGCCCCUUCACGACCAUCACCUCAGGAGGCGUCUCUGGCUCCGUGCCCCUUUCUCUGACCAUUUUGCCUUCAACGAGCCCCUCGCUGGGUACCGUCAUUGUGCAAACUCCUCUGGCUGCGAGCCCUGUCAACUUCAUCACAAGAAACGCGCUCGCCAUUGCCGGUCUCGGAGCCACCAUCACUCUGCCAUUGGGCGGUUCUUCUGCUACUGGCCCUGCAACGGUCAUCAUCGCAGCAGGUUUGGGAGGUGACGAUCCGGCCACGACCGCGCCGGCUGCUCUGGCUGCGUCCAUUGUUACGAUUCGCGGUGCCUUCAACGGCACUACUCCCCAGACCUUGACCUUGGCCCCAGCUGGUGAUAACUCGCUUGCGACUGUUGUUGAGCAGUUGCCUGUUGGCUUCUCUACAAACAACCAGGCGAACCCUACAGCCCCGGCUGCUCCGGCUGCAACCGGUGUCAACACCGCCGGCCAACCUAACGCCCCUGUGCCAACAGCAGGACCUUCAGUCAACCCAAUUCCCAACCAAAUUCUUCCUGCUGCCAUCACCAGCGGAUACAGCGGCUCUGUGCCUACUACAGUCACAUUGCCGCCUUCCGGAGCUCAGACGGCCAGCCAAGUUGUGGUUCUCACCCCCUUUUCCAACGACUUUGUUGCCACCAACAUCCUGCAGCAGCCGACGACCAUCACUCAAGGAGCAUCGGUCACUGUCGCGACGACCGUCACUCUCCAGCCGGGUACCAUUCAGCCAGGAGCAGCAGUUCCCACUGCUCCUACUGUUCUUGUGCUGACGCCGCUACCAUCUGGUGCUGCAGCAGCAACUCCUGUAGUCAACCCGGCUCAGUUGACUACGGUCUCUGGAGUCAUCAAUGGUAACAGCCCCCUGACUGUUACCAUUCCUCCAGCAAACUCCGUUGAUCCUGGCACUGUCGUUGUUCUUCAACCUGCUCAAACCGCCGGUGUCGCCCCCGGUGUUACUCCUGGUGUUGUUCCCGGCGUCACUCCCGGUGUCGUUCCUGGUGUUACACCUGGAGUCGUUCCCGGUGUGACUCCUGGUGUCGCUCCCGAUGUUACUCCUGGUGGUGCUGGGACUCCCGGAGGUGGAGCAACUCCUGGAGCAGGCCAAGAUACUGUUCUUGCUGAACCCUUCCUACCGGGGGCGUUCACGACCAUCCAGUCCGGAUUCAGCGGCGCAACUCCCACCACCUUCACUGUUCCCCCUGUUGCCCCAAACAGCAUUGGUACAGUUGUCGUCUUGACCCCUACUAACGCAGCAGGUGCCGGUCCCUCACUGCCCGCCGGUGUACCUUUCGUGACGGUCACGAGCCCCUUCGCAGGAGAGACUCCUCAGACUAAUGUAUUGCUCCCAUCUGGUACUAACCCCACAGGAACUGUUCUCGUUGAAGUCCCAGCUGCUCAGUUUACGCCACCCGCUUCAGGUAUUAGCCUGCCCGCCGGUGUGCCAUUCGUGACUGUGACAACUCCCUUUGCCGGAGAGACUCCCGAGACCAACAUCUUGCUUCCCUCUGGCACCGGCAGCGUUGGAACCGUUCUGGUUCAGGUGCCAUCUGCCCAGUUCACGCCAGCUGCGCAAGUCACAGCUCCCACCGCAGGUGUUGUCCCGACGCCGGGUGGCCCUCUGCUCCCUGGCAUCACCAUCGGAGGACAGACUAUCGUCAUCCCCGGAAUCACCAUUGGCGGCCCCAUUGCUCUGCCUACUGGUCUUAACUUGGGAUCUUUCCUCACCCUGACUCAGGCCGGGUCAGACCCAAACACCGUAGUCUUCCUUCCCACGGGCACCAACCCGGGUCUUGUUGUCAUUCAGACACCGACUGUCGCGCCGACUGCUAUUCCUGGCGCUGGUGUUUUCACGACCCUCUUCCAGGGGUACACCGGCUCAACGCCCACCACCACGACUCUGCCGCCGACGGGAACCAACACCCUCGGCGUUGUCUUGGUUCAGACUCCCCUGGUGAACGUCCUCGAUACCACGACGGUUGGUUUCACUGGCACGGCACCCAACACGAUCACCGUGCAGCCCUCUUCGGGUGGCUCUGGUAUCGUGGUUGUUGAAACUCCUUUCGUCAACCCCUUGCAAUCCACCCCGGCCGUCCCAGCUCAGAUCUUUACGAGUAUCACCCAGGGCUUUACCGGAUCUGUGCCGACUACAAUUACGCUCCAGCCUACUGGAACCAACACAAUUGGUACCGUGGUUGUUCAGACCCCCAUCUUCCCUGGAGGUGGAGUUCAGGUCACCACGCCGGCAGACCCGGCCGCAUCGGACCCGGGCGAUCCUCUCAUUGACAUCAUCGCCACCUCGACUGUCGGUCUUCCAGGCUUGCUGGCCCCGACGACGACUACGAUUCUGCCUAGCGGAACCAACCCCGGCUCCGUCAUUGUUCAGACUCCGGUGUCACUUACCGGCUCUCCAGGACCUAACCAGCCUCAGUCCUUCGUCACCCUCGCGACGGGUUAUACUGGAACUGUCCCUCUGACGACCACCAUUCUUCCCGCAGGCACCAACUCGGUUGGCACUGUUCUGAUCCAGACACCUACUCAAGGUGGAGGAGGCGGCGGUGGCGGCGGCGGAGGUGGUGUCCCUACUGUUGGUGUUACUCCUGAUCCUGCUCUUACACAAGCUCUCACGACCAUCACGGCUGGAUUCUCUGGUUCCGUGCCGACCACCAUCACAUUCUCGGCCACUGGUGCUCAGACUGCUGGUAUUGUUGUCGUCCAGACUCCAACCACUGGUCCUUUCGCAUCUCCCUCCGUCCAACCGGCCGACUUCGUCACGUUCUUCACUGGAUAUACUGGAUCCGUGACUGCCAUCUCCACGAUCUUGCCUACUGGCACUGCUUCUGUUGGCACCGUCUUGAUCCAGACUCCUACUGCUGGUGCUGUUGCGACCUCGCCUCCGGCUGUUCCGACUGGUUUUGUUCUCACUACUGCUGGCUACACCGGCUUGGUUCCCACAACUAUCACGAUCCAGCCAUCGGGCACCAACCCCGGCACCGUCUUGGUUCAAGCACCUACAGUCGACCCAGCGACUUUGGUCCCGACUGGAUUUGUUCUCACCACUGCUGGCUACACCGGUUCAGUCCCGACUACUAUCACAAUCCAGCCGUCGGGCACCAACCCAGGAACUGUGUUGGUUCAGACACCUACCAUCGAACCCGCAACGCUGGUUCCGACUGGAUUCGUCCUUACUACUACCGGGUACACCGGCUUAGUCCCAACCACUAUCACCAUUCAGCCCUCUGGCACGAACCCAGGCACCGUCCUGGUCCAGACUCCAACUGUUCUGCCAGCCUCGGUCCCCUCAGGUUUCGUCCUCACAACGACUGGUUACACUGGUCUUGUGCCGACAACGGUGACUGUCGAGCCCUCAGGAACCAACCCAGGUUCUGUCAUUGUCCAGACCCCGACUGUCAUUGUCGACCCUGCUCAGAUUCCAACCGGCUUCGUGGUAUCAACGACCGGCUACACUGGAUCUGUCCCAACCACCGUCACUAUUCAGCCGUCGGGAACCAACCCCGGCACUGUCCUCAUCCAGACACCUACAGUUGAGCCUCAGAUCAUCCCAAGUGGAUUUGUCGUAGCCACCACUGGGUAUACUGGCUCUGUGCCGACAACGGUCACCAUCCUCCCGACUGGUACUCAGUCCAUUGGAACUGUCCUGAUCCAGACUCCAACUGCUAUUGCCAGUCAGACCGGAGGCAGCGGUGCCGGUGGUGGUCCCAUCGAGCCCGUCUUCUUGAGCAGCGGCUACGCUGGAUCUGUCACGUCAACUCUGACCUUGACUCCUUCGAACGUCGGAGACCCGACAACCUUGGUCGUGCUCACACCCAGCGACGCUGCUGGUGUCGCGCCAUCUCCCACAGUCACCGUCGAGCCAAUUCUCUUCAUCACUUUGACCAUCGGGUACCCUGGUCCUACAAUUGCCACUCUGACCUUGUUCCCCAGCAGCGGCAACCCGAUCGGAACUGUUCUGAUCCAGACCCCCUUACCGUCUGGACAGAGCAACACCAUCACUGCCACUGGUUUCACCACGCAGACUCUGCCCUUCACGGGAUCAGUGCCGACCACCAUCACUAUCCCCCCGGCUGCCACGGAUCCCAAUGGCAUCGCGACGGUCAUUGUGCAGGACCCGAUCGCUUCGUACGUCACUGUUUCAAGCGGGUACUUCGGUUCUGGUAUUGCGACGACGACUGUCGCCCCCGCAAACCCAGGAGACCCAGGCACCGUCAUCAUCCAGACACCUCUUCCGGCUUCAUUCUUCACCACCACUGUCGGAUACACUGGCCUGGUUCCUACUACGACGACACUGCUGCCGUCUGGAACCGACACCGUUGGCGCUGUCAUCAUUCAAGUCCCUACAUCUACUCCUGCGCCGACCGCCGACCCUGCCAUCUCCUACAUCACGGUGUCUACCGGGUACUCGGGAGUGGGAACUCAGACCACCACAAUCCUUCCCACGGGAACCGAGACUGUUGGCCUGGUUCUUAUUCAGACUCCCACGGCUGACGGCGGCGAUACCGCCACCGCACCUGGAGUUACUCCCACGGCCCCUGAUGUCACUGCUACCCCUGGAAUUAGCUUCAUCACGACGACUACGCUAUGGGAUUCAACGGGCACAUCUACGGAAACCACGUUCCCUACCGGCACGCAGGCUGUGGGCAACGUCAUCGUCUUUGCUCCUCGAUUUGCCAGAUUCAUCACAACGACUGUUGGCUGGACUGCAAGUGGCCUGUCUACGACCACCAGCCCUACGACAAGUGCAAGCGAGGUCAUCGGCAUGGUCAUCAUUUAUACCCCCGAACCCACCGCCGCUCCUACGUCCGCUCCCGACCCAUCCAUUGGCGCAUCCGUCACUCCCGCCGCGUCUCCGAGCGUGGAAUUUGCUACUCUUACUAGCACCUACUCAGGAUCGGUGCCCACCACAUUCACGCUCGCUCCUAGCGGCACUGACACCGUGGGUACUCUUGUGGUCUUGGUGCCAAGCUCCACGGCAAGCCCUGAUGCAUCUGGAGGAGAUCCUGUCUUUGCGACUCUUACGAGCACGUACGCAGGCUCCAUUCUUUCAACUUCAACGAUUGUGCCGACGGGAACCAACUCCCAGGGCACUCUUGUUGUCCUGGUUCCGAGUAGCGCUGCCUCUCCUGGUGCGACUGGCUCACCUGGAGCAUUGUUCGAGACCAUUACGUCUACCUAUGGAGGUUCCAUCACCUCCAUCGAGACUCAGCUGCCUUCCGGCUCCGAUCCAACCGGAACUGUCAUUGUCUACGUUCCAAGCGAUGUCUUAGCUUCGCCGACAAUUACACCUGGCCCUGCCUUGACGACUGUCACCUCCGCUUACCCCGGAUCCGUCAUCUCGACUGCCAUUGCUUCACCCGCCAACCCUGGCGACCCAGGCACUGUCAUUGUCUACAUCCCGACGAGCGUGGUUUCAGACACAGGUGCCUUUACAACUGUGCUUUCGACUUACACCGGCUUGGUACCUGCGACGACGACUGUUCUCCCCGCCAACAUCAACGAACCGGCUACCGUCAUUGUGCUUAUUCCGAGCGCGACCCCCACAGUCAGCGUCCCGGAGGCCACCAGCGGUGGUUCUGGUGGCGGUGCUGGACUUCCCGCACUCUCUACAAGCCUUUACGAUGGAUCGGUGACUCUGACUACAACUAUUCCGGGAGUAUCAGGUCUCUCAGACCAGACUCUGGUACUUGUUCCCAGCAUUACACCCACGGCGACAUUGCCGGGCGGUGGCGCUGGUGGUCUGCCAGGACUUAUCACCAGCCUUUACGAUGGUUCCAUCACCCUCACGACUACCAUUCCCGGGGUUUCAGGAGCUCCUGACGAGACCCUGGUUCUCAUUCCCAGCAUCACGCCUACGGCGACUUUGCCGGAUGAUGGUGCUAGUGUCUUGCCUAAUCUCAUCACCAGUCUUUACGAUGGCUUCGUCACUCUUACAACUACGCUGCCUGGAGUCUCGGGUCUCCCAGACCAAACUGUGAUCCUUAUCCCAAGUAUCACGCCGACGGUGAGCCUUCCGGGUGGCGGAGCUGGUGGAGUUCCAGGAUUGGUGACCAGUUUCUACGAUGGCUCGGUUACUCUCACCACUAUCAUCCCUGGAGUGACGGGUCUUCCUGAUGAGACUCUUGUCCUCAUUCCGAGUGUCACGCCGACUGCCAGCCUCCCUGACGACGGAGCCAGUGAAUUGCCUGCUCUCAUUACUAGUUUCUAUGAUGGCUCAGUCACACUGACUACCACGAUACCUGGUGUCUCCGGUCUUCCAGAGACAGUCGUCCUCAUUCCGAAUGUUACACCAGCGGCAAGCAUCCCGGGAUUGUCUACCAGCUUUUACGACGGUUCGGUCACCCUUACGACCACAGUCCCUGGCGUGUCUGGUCUUCCUGACCAGACUCUUGUCUUGGUGCCAAGCAUCACGGCCGACCCAGCUGCUACUGGCGGUGCCGGAGGCUUGCCUGCGCUGGCCACCAGUUUCUAUGAUGGUUUGGUUACCCUUACCACAACAAUCCCUGGCGUGUCGGGAUUGCCCGACCAGACCCUCGUUCUUGUUCCUGGCGUUACGCCCCAGCCAUCUCUACCGGGCACGACUCUGGCCCCUGGAGUAUACACGAGCACUUACGAUGGAUCAAUCACGUUCGCUUUGACGAUUCCUCCCUAUACUAUUGGAUUACCUGGCGCGACCAUCAUCUUCGUUCCUAGCCUUCCAGGUGUUCCCACGGCGACACCUACGGCUUUGGGCCAAGGGCUCGUGACCAGCUUGUACGAUGGUUCCAUUACUUUCACCUCGACUCUUCCUGGUGUUUCUGGCCUGCCCGACGAAACAAUCGUCUACAUCCCAAGCGUAUCAGGGCUUCCCACUGCAGCUCCAACCGCCUCAGCCCCGGGAAUCAUUACAAGCUUGUACGAUGGGUCCGUCACUUUCACGUCAACCCUCCCUGGUGUGUCGGGUCUGCCCGAUGAAACCGUCGUUUUCAUUCCAAGUGCCCCAGGUCUCCCUACAUCGCUUCCAACAGCCUUGGGCCAGGGCUUGGUGACGAGCUUCUACGAUGGUUCUGUCACUUUGACAUCAACGAUUCCUGGUGUCUCGGGUCAGCCAGAUGAGACUAUCGUCUUCGUCCCUACCAUCACAGGCCAGCCAACAGCAGCCCCAACAGGUCCAAUCACCAGUUUCUAUGAUGGCUCCGUCACCUUUACGUCCACAAUCCCGGGUGCAUCCGGACUGCCUGAUGAUACCAUUGUUUACAUCCCAAGUGCUGGAGCUCUUCCCAGCUCUGACUUGGGGGGUCUUCCCACAUCUGCGCCUACCGCUCUCGAGGCGGGCUUAUACACAAGCACGUACGGCGGCUCCAUUACUUUCACUUCGACUCUGCCCGAAGUUUCUGGACUGCCUGGAGCGACCAUUAUCUUUGUUCCUAGCAUUACGGCUCCAGCAGUGCCCUCGGUUACGCCUGGCGGCUUAGUGACAAGUCUCUAUGAUGGCUCGAUUACCUUCACAUCUACCAUCCCUGGCGUAUCUGGUUUGCCCGAUGAGACUGUCGUGUUCCUUCCGACCGUCACUAGCCCCGUGGACCCUACCAGCGCGGCUGGAGGUGUUGGAGGCUUGGUCACGAGCCUCUACGACGGCUCAAUCACCUUCACCUCAACCAUUCCUGGUGUCUCUGGCCUACCAGACGAUACGAUCAUCUUCCUACCGUCCCUUACGGCUCCAGUCGUUCCUACCAGUGUUGCUGGAGGCUUGGUUACGAGUUUCUAUGAUGGUUCAAUCACUUUGACUACCACCAUUCCGGGCGCUUCUGGAUUCCCAGAUGAGACUCUUGUGCUUGUACCUUCGAUUACGGACCCUGCCCUCGGAGCAGUGCUCACCAGCUUAUACGAUGGGUCGAUUACGCUUACGACCACUCUUCCUGGCGUAUCUGGCUUGCCAGAUCAAACCGUCGUCUUGGUCCCUUCGAUUACAGCUCCGGCUGUCCCGACAAGUGCUAUCGGCGGACUAGUCACUAGCUUGUACGAUGGGUCGAUUACCCUUACGACUACUAUCCCCGGAGUCUCUGGCCUGCCAGACCAGACUGUUGUGCUGGUGCCUUCAAUCACCGACCCUGCCCUCCCCACGAGUGCAGUCGGCGGAUUGGCGACGAGCCUGUACGACGGAUCGGUCACACUCACAACGACGAUCCCAGGGGUUUCUGGCUUGCCAGACCAAACCCUUGUCCUCACCCCCAGUGUCACUGGCGCGCCGGCUUUGCCCAAUUUCUUUACAAGCACCUAUGACGGCUCCAUUACAUUCACGUCCACGGUUCCGGGUGUUUCGGGCCUGCCGGACGACACCAUUGUGUUCGUCCCUGGCAUUACCGCUGCUCCAUCAUUGCCCAAUCUCCUCACCAGUACUUAUGGCGGUUCUGUUACCCUCACAUCCGUCAUUCCAGGAGCCUCGGGCGCGCCAGAUGAGACCAUUGUGCUGGUUCCUGAUCUGACCGAUUCGCUGGCGUUGCCAAACAUUCUCACAAGCACUUAUGAUGGAUCUAUCACUGUCACAUCCGUCAUUCCCGGUGUCACUGGGUUGCCUGAUGAGACGAUCGUCCUCGUACCUAGUGCUGUGCCAAGUCUGCCAGCUGGUGGCCUUCUUACCAGCACUUACGACGGCUCUAUCACGCUCACUUCUGUCAUCCCUGGAGUCACCGGUCUGCCCGACGAAACGAUCAUCCUAGUGCCGAGCGCGACCCCUACGCUGGGUGGUCUUAUCACCAGCACCUACGACGGCUCUGUCACCCUUACCUCUGUCAUUCCAGGUGCUUCAGGCCUCCCAGAUCAGACAGUCAUUCUCGUGCCCAGUGUCGAUCCAACUUUGCCGGCUGGCGGCUUGCUCACAAGCACUUACGGAGGCUCAGUCAUCUCGACAACUACACUCCCGGUUGGAACCGAUGGUCUGCCUGGUGCUACCGUUGUCCUGGUCCCCAGCAUCACGGGUGCUCCAGCACUUCCGAAUGUUUUCACGAGUCUUUACGAUGGACAGAGAGCAACGAUCAUCUUCGUCCCUCGCCCAACAACCGUUGUGUCAGCUGGUGGUCUCUUCACAAGCACUUACGAUGGCUCAGUUAUUUCAACCACGACACUGCCGGUUGGAACUGACGGCCUUCCUGGUGCCACGAUUGUUCUUGUUCCCGGCAUUACGGCGACACCGGCGCUCCCUAAUAUUCUUACGAGCACUUACGAUGGCUCAGUUGAGAUCACCUCGACGAUUCUCAACAGCGCAGGUGAUCCUAUCGAGACCUUGGUUCUCGUCCCAAGCUCAAUAGGUUUGCCUACUGGUGUUCCUACUUUGCCUACAAGCACUUACGACGGCUCUGUCACCGUAACCUCGACAAUCCUGGACCCGUCUGGCAACCCUGUUCUUACUGCAAUCUUCGUCCCAGGCUCAACUGCCUUGCCCGCAUUGCCAACAAGCUUCUAUGAUGGAUCCGUAACCUUAACGUCGACAAUUCUGGAUCCUUCCGGAAACCCCGUCGAGACCGCUGUGUUCGUCCCAAGUAUCACGGGUGUUCCUCAACUGCCGACCAGCCUCUACGAUGGCUCGAUUACAUUGACAUCAACCAUCUUGGACGCCUCCGGAAACCCAGUUGAGACGGCCGUCUUUGUUCCCAGCGUCACUGGCAUUCCUCAAUUGCCAACAAGUCUGUACGAUGGGUCCAUUACUGUUACUUCGACAAUCCUUGAUGCGUCCGGCAACCCUGUUCAAACUGCAGUGUUUGUGCCAAGCAUUACCGGCCUUCCUGCCGCUUUGCCCACGAGCCUUUAUGACGGGUCAAUCACGGUCACAUCAACUAUACUCGACGCCUUGGGUAACCCUGUCCAAACCGCGAUCUUCGUGCCGAGCGGUGUGCCGAGCGUUACUGGCCUUCCUGGUAUCCUCCCAACCAGUCUUUAUGACGGGUCGAUCACCGUCACGUCAACUAUCCUCGAUGCUUCUGGUAACCCAGUUGAAACGGCUGUAUUUGUACCAAGCAUCACUGGUCUACCCAAUGUUUUGCCAACAAGUCUAUAUGACGGGUCCGUUACGCUUACAUCAACCAUUCUUGAUGCUUCCGGAAACCCUGUUCAAACGGCUGUGUUCGUGCCAAGCGUCACUGGCCUACCGGGUGUCCUGCCUACGAGUCUUUACGAUGGAUCUAUCACGCUUACAUCGACAAUUCUUGACGCGUCAGGUAACCCGAUUCAAACGGCUGUCUUCGUUCCAAGCAUCACCGGAUUGCCUAGUGCACCUGACGCAUUGCCGACCAGCCUUUACGAUGGAUCGGUGACGUUGACGUCUACUAUUUUGGACGCGUCCGGAAACCCAAUCCAGACUGCCGUGUUUGUGCCAAGCAACACUGGCCUUCCAGGCGCCCUACCAACCAGCUUCUACGAUGGUUCGGUGACUCUAACUUCCACAAUUCUUGACGCGUCUGGAAACCCAGUUGAAACUGCGGUCUUCGUGCCGUCUAUCACUGGCUUGCCGAACGUUCUUCCGACCAGCUUCUACGACGGAUCUGUGACGUUGACGUCGACGAUCUUGGACCCUUCAGGCAACCCAAUCCAGACUGCCGUAUUUGUUCCGACGAUCACGGGCCUGCCCGACGUGCUCCCAACAAGCUUCUAUGAUGGAUCUGUUACUCUUACUUCCACCAUCUUGGACGCAUCUGGCAACCCGAUUCAGACCGCGGUUUUCAUCCCGACAGUCACUGGCUUGCCAAACGUGCUUCCUACUAGCACCUACGAUGGAUCUGUUACUUUGACUUCCACUAUCCUGGAUUCUUCUGGUAACCCCGUCUUGACGGCAAUUUUCGUUCCCGGAUCGACUGCACUACCCAGCCUGGAUCUUCCCACCAGCACCUAUGAUGGCUCUGUCACUCUGACUUCAACCAUCCUGGAUGCGUCUGGAAAUCCUAUCCAGACGGCUAUCUUUGUGCCCGGCGUGUCUAGCUUGCUGGCCACCGGUCUACCAACGAGUACAUAUGAUGGCUCAGUCACACUGACUUCAACUAUUUUGGAUGCUUCAGGCAACCCUGUUGAGACCGCAGUAUUUGUACCAGGCCUUACGAGCUUGGCAAACAACGGGCUUCCUACCAGCACGUACGAUGGCUCUGUCACAUUGACAUCAACGAUCUUGGAUGCCUCGGGCGAUCCUGUGCAGACCGUCGUUCUCGUGCCGACUGCCACUGGCCUUCCAGGUGGUGGGCUUCUUACCAGCACUUACGACGGAUCGAUCAUCUCAACAACCACACUUCCCGUUGGUACCGAUGGCUUGCCUGGCGCGACUGUCAUUCUUGUACCCAGCCCAACUGCUCCCGCACUGGAUGUCUUGACAAGCACAUACCCUGGCUCUGUGACCCUGACAACGACCGUUCCGUUUGGGCCGCCUGGCUCUUCUGCAGUCAUCGUUUUGGUUCCAAGUGCUACUGCGGCCCUCGGAGAUAUCCUCACCACCACGUACGGCGGAUCAGUCACUCUCACCAGCACAUUCCCUGCUGGCCCGAAUGGCGAGGCUCCGUCUACUGUCGUCUAUGUUCCGGGCAUCACCGACGCCCUGCCAAACUUGCUCACAAGCACGUACGAUGGCUCGAUUACCUUCACCUCUACGCUCCCAGGGGGUCCCUCUGGUGAGCCUGGUGCCACUGUCAUCUUCGUUCCCGGCAUUACUGGCGUCCCCUCUGCUCCCACCAGAAGCAUCUCGUUCGCGACCAUCACAAGCGCAUACACUGGUGCUCUUCCCUCCGCCACCACGGUCUUCCCGACCGGCGACAACGAUGAAGGUACCAUUAUCAUUCUCGAGCCAGCCUCAUCAGGAGCUGGUGGUGACCCGGCUCUGUUCGUCACGCUUACGAGUGGCUACUCCGGUCUCGUGCCAUCUGCGACAACCAUCCUGCCUACUGGCACCGAGACACUUGGGCAAGUCAUCAUUUUGGUGCCCACUGCCACGGACGGAAGCACUCCCACCUUCAACUUUGCCACUGUCACCAGCGGAUACACCGGUCUGGUACCGUCUGCCACCACCAUCUUCCCUACCGGAACCGACACCGACGGGACGGUUAUCAUUCUUGAGCCGACGGCCACUCAACCGCUUGCAUUCACAACCAUCACUAGCCCUGGUGUUGGAUCCAUUACGUCGACUACAACAAUCUUGCCGACUGUCACUGGCGAUCCCGCCAUUGUCGUCAUUUUCGACCCGGAUCUCCUUGGUACAACCUCGGACCUCCCAUCCUACACCACGGUCAUCAGCACGUACGAUGGAUCGUCUCUCAAAACUUCUACCUUGGCACCUGCAGGAACUGACACUAUUGGAACUGUUGUGGUUCUCGUACCAAGCGCAAGCGUCUCCAUCCCCGGAGUCUCUUCCUAUGUCACUCUCAUCAGCAUUUACAGUGGCUUGGAGCCCCUUGUUUCGACUUUGGCACCUUCUGGCACCGACGCUGUUGGCACCAUCAUCUUCUACGAACCCAUCGCCACUCCAACGGCUGAUUUCACAACAAUCAUCAGCAGUUAUGAUGGGUCUGCUGUGGCCACGUCAACGAUUGCUCCGGCCAAUCCUGGCGAUAUCGGCACUGUCAUCAUCCUUCAGCCUGCUUCCCUCAUCAGCACCCCUGUCCUGUCCGUCACAGCCGUCUUUACUACCAUCACCACCACAUACGAUGGCAGCAUCAUUCAGACCACGACGGCCUUGCCUACAGGAACUGGCCUCGGUGAAAUUGGCACUGUCAUUGUCCAGGUUCCAAGCGCGCUGGCCAAUGCCUUUACUACUAUCACCAGCGGCUACGACGGUUCGGUCACCUUGACCACGACUCUACUGCCUGAUGCGACUGACCCUGCCGGUCUUGGCACGGUUAUUGUGCAGGUGCCUACCCAGCUUCCAUUGAGCACUGGCAGCUUGGGUGAGUUGUUCACGACAGUAACAUCGACGUACGCCGGUUCGGUUACUCUUACUUCUACGGCCCUGCCCAAUCCUGCUGAUCCCACCCCGAUUAUCUCCAUCAUUGUUCAGAUUCCUGGAGAUCCUGCGGCAAGUACAGAUCUGUUGGGUGACCUGUUUACGACAGUCACUUCGACUUAUGCUGGUUCGGUUACUCUUACAUCCACAGCACUCCCUGAUCCAGCAGACCCCACUGGCAUUAGAACAGUUAUUGUGCAAGUUCCUGAUCAAGCGGCAACAAGCACUGAUGCUUUGGGUAACAUCUUCACCACGAUUACAUCCACGUACGCUGGAUCCGUCACCCUUACAUCAACAGCUCUUCCAGACAUUGCAGACCAGACCGGUAUCAGGACCGUCAUUGUUCAAGUUCCCGGCGAUCAAGCCACAUCGACAGACAUUUUGGGCGAUCUUUUCACCACCGUGACGUCGACAUACGCUGGCUCCGUAACUCUCACUUCUACGGCUCUGCCUGACGUUGCGGACCCAAGUGGCAUCCGAACAGUCAUCGUACAGGUUCCAGGCGACUUGGCGUCUUCCGCGACUGAUCCUCUUGCCGCUUCGUUCACAACCAUUUUCAGCACGUACCCUGGCUCAGUUACCUUGACAACUACUUUGCUGCCUGCUGCAACCGACCCGUCUGGUCUCGCCACUGUCAUUGUCCAGCUUCCGGAUAUCCUCGCCACGUCUACGGGGGAUGCCCUGCCAACAUCAACAGACGGUGUUUUGCCUGCGUCUUUCACCACAAUCUUCAGCACGUACGACGGCUCCAUUCCGCUCACCACGACCUUGCCACCAGACGUUACCGUCCCAUCUGGCCUUGGAACUGUCAUCGUUCAAAUCCCCGCGAGUGCUACUUCCGAUCCUUUGGCUGCUUCUUAUACUACCAUCACCAGCGGCUACACUGGUUUGGUCCCUCAGACCACCACCUUGGCGCCCGCGAAUCCUGAAGAUCUCGGAACAGUCGUCGUACAAGUCCCCAGCGCUACUGUGGAUCCUGGAGUCUUCCUUACCACCGUCACAAGUGGCUACGAUGGCUCAAUUACUCAACUCACCACUCUGCCCGUUGCAACUAUUGAUGGUUCGACGAUUCAAACUGUGAUCGCGCAGGUUCCUACCCUUGUGCCGACUGACUCGAUUGAUCUUGAUGAUCUCCUCGUCACUUUGACAAAUGGCUAUGACGGUUCUGUGACCUUGACAACAACAUUGCCUGCGGUUACCAUUGAUGGAUCGACAAUCCGGUCUGUUAUUGUUCAAGUUCCGACUCAGACAGCUCUGCCUGGUGUUUUCCUUACCACUCUUACAAGUGGCUACGAUGGCUCAGUUACGCAGACAACCACCUUGCCUGUUGCUACUGUUGGAGGUCUUCCCAUCCAGACCGUGGUUGUGCAGGUCCCUACUGCCACAGUCUCCGACGGAAUCCAGUUCACCACUAUCACCAGUGGUUACGACGGACUUCUCACUCAGACGACGAGCUUUCCCAUUGGUACAGUCGGCGGCGUUCCGGUCCAGACAGUCGUUGUCCAGGUUCCUACCUCUACGGACCCUCUUGGCGCUCUGUACACGACUCUCACAAGCGCUUAUCCCGGCUCGGUCACCUUGACCACCACUCUCGCUCCGGCUGGUACAGGUAUUUCUGAGUUGGGUACUGUUGUCGUCCAGGUGCCGUCCGAUGUUCUCUCUGGUGCGACCCAGUACACUACUCUUACCAGUGGAUACGACGGUUCUCUACUGCUUACGCAGACUGGUAUCACCACCGGCGCAGAUGGUCUCGCUACUGUUAUCGUUUUGCAGCCAACUGGAACACUUACAGUUCUCCCGUCCAACAGUGCAAGCGCUACUGAAUCUGGCGACCCUGCUUUAUUCAUUACGAUCACAACUGGCUACCCAGGCUCGGUCAUCGCUACCCAAACUGACUCGGUCACUGGCCCUGAUGGUCUCGUCACUGUCGUCGUCCAGACUCCCACGAUCACUGCUCUGCCUAGUCUUGACUACACCACCAUCACGAGCGGAUAUGACGGCUCGGUCCUGCAAACCCUUAUUGGAUCAGCCACGGGUGCAGACGGUCUUGCUACCGUCAUUGUGCAGGUUCCUACUGGAUCUAUCACAGUCGCACCGGCGACGUCAGGAACUAGCGUGCCCGGCAUCUCGUACACCACUGUCACUGAGACUUACGAUGGCUCGUUCCUCCAGACGCUCAUCGGCUCAAUCCUUGGUCUUGAUGGUCUCGCAACGGUUCUUGUGCAAGUUCCUAAAAUCAGUAUCGAUAUCUCGAUCUCUCUUGGCUUGCCUUCCCUCGGACCGGGUGCCACUCCCACGAUUACCGUCGAUCAUUCGGCUACUACCAGUGUCCCUGGCUUAUCAUACACCACCGUCACAAGUGGUUACGAUGGCUCAAUCGUCCAGACCCAGCUCGGAUCCGUCACCGGCAUCGAUGGACUCGCCACUGCUGUCGUUCUGGUACCCAGCACCGCGGCCACUCUGCCGACUUCGGUUACUGAGAACAUCAUCUCGUACAUCACGGUUACGACUGGCUACGAUGGUUCUAUCACUUUGUUCCAGACUAUUGCACCCGCAGCUUCUGGCCUUCCUGGCACCGUCCUCGCCCAGAUCCCGACUGCGGCAGGGCCCAUCACGGCGCCGACAAUCACCACGCCUUCACUUACCGGCUCAGGCGGAACUGUCACGGUCACAUCGUUCGACCCGAGCAUGACUGGUUCUGCUUUUAUCACAACGACGUUGUCGCCCUCUCGUCUCAGUGACCCAGUCACGGUGCUCGUCGCGGUUCCUCGGCGACUCUUCUUGGUCACAACCUCGAUCCCAGGCCUGUCAUCUGUGCGUACGUCAACAUUGUCCAUCGGUCUCGACGGCAUUCAGACCGUCAUGGUACAGGUCCCAGCUCUCUCGACUCCCACAGCGCUGUCAACGCCUACAAUUGGCGCGAUCACCACCGUCACCACUCCUUAUGCAGGCUCGGUCACUUUGAUCCAGACCCAGACUCCAAUCAACAUUGGCGACCCAACUACCGUGCUUGUUCAAGUUCCAGAGGCGCUGUUCGAGAUCACCUCAACGCGCUUUGGAGCAACUUCUGCAGGAACGACCACGGUAUCGCCAAUUGGCACUGGUGUUCCCACAGUCAUCAUCGAUGUUCCGGGAGCCUUCUCUACCAUCACAAGCGGAUACUCCGGUCUCAUUCCGUCUACCACCACGAUCUUGCCCACAGGUCUUGAUGACAUUGGCCUUAUUAUCAUCCAGACGCCGACUGCCGACGUCAGCUCAAUUGGAGGCACCAUCUUCACUACCGCUCCUGGUACUGGUCUUAUUCCGACUACCACCACGGUUACCGGUACUGAUGGUAUCGUGUCUGUGAUUGUCGAGACUCCCAUGAUUGGCGUGACUUCUGGAGGCACCGUCUUCACCACCGUUCCGGGAACUGGCCUUCUUCCGACGGCCACCACCGUUACUGGUGCUGAUGGAAUUGUGUCUGUCAUUUUCGAGACUCCCACUGUCUCGGCGACCGCCAUUCCUACUACCGUCUUCACCACGGUACCCGGAACUGGAUUGCUUCCUACAGCAACUACAGUCACUGGUGCCGAUGGCGUUGUCUCUGUCAUCUUCCAGACUCCCACGACCUCGGGCGAGCUGCCCACGGUCUUUACCACGAUCCCUGGAACUGGUGCUCUCCCUGCAACACUCACAGUCACCGGAACCGAUGGAGUGGUUUCAGUCAUUUUCGAGGCACCCACAGUCACUUCAGGAGGUCUUCCCACGACCAUCUUUACCACCGUUCCUGGCACCGGUCUGCUUCCCGAGGCCACGACCGUUACGGGCGCAGAUGGCAUCGUUUCGGUCAUCUUCCAAACACCCACAACGGCUGCACCAGGCGCACCGACUACCGUCUUUACCACGGCACCUGGCACUGGUCUCUUGCCCGCGACCACCACGGUUACCGGCGCUGAUGGCAUCGUCUCCGUCAUCUUCCUCGACCCUGACACCUCUGGCGAGCCUACAAUCACGCCAACUGCAGCCACCACCGUCUUCACCACCAUCCCAGGCACUGGAGUCCUCCCCGCCACCAACAUCGUUACCGGUCCCGAUGGAGUGGUCUCGGUCAUUGUCUCCGAGGCCACAGCCACAAGCAUCCCUGGGGUUUCAUAUACCACUAUUACCACGGGAGGCCCGGCUUUGGCUACAAGAACCAUCCUGCCAUCCGUUCUUGGUGAUUUGGCAACCGUUAUUGUCGAGACUCCCACUUUGGAUGCCAGUCCUGGUGCUUUCAUCACGGUCACCUCAGCUGGCCCCGUCCCGACUACUUUCACCCUUCUCCCGGCUUCUCUGGGCGAAACCGGUACUGUUGUGAUCGUCUCGACCACAUCCUCGGACCUGGCUGUCGACCCGGCUCUGUCAUUCACCACAGUCUUCUCGGCCGGCCCAGUCCCUACGACUCUUACAAUUUUGCCAGCCAUUUCUGGAGACCUCGGCACUAUCAUCGUGGUCCCGAUAGCAUCUUCUGACCUUCCCAUUGAUCCGGCACUUUCACUCACUACUGUGUUCUCUGCUGGUCCUAUCCCGACAACCUUCACCCUCCCCCCUGCAGUCAGCGGACUGCCAGGCACGGUUGUGAUCGUUCCUUCAGCAACCUCUUCGGACUUGCUUGCCGACCCUGCUCUCGAAUACACCACUGUGUUCUCUGCUGGCCCCAUCCCGACGACCUUCACUCUUGCUCCAGCAUCUAGUGGGUUGCCAGGCACAGUCGUGGUCGUCCCCUCGACGACUUCUUCGGACCUGCUCGUCGACCCGGCUCUCGAGUACACCACCGUAUUCUCCGCUGGUCCCGUUCCUACCACCUACACACUUCCUCCGGCAAUCAGUGGUCUUCCUGGCACGGUGGUUGUUGUUCCGUCAGCAACCUCGUCAGACUUGCUCGCUGACCCCGCCCUGCAAUUCACCACUGUCUUCUCUGCGGGUCCUGUUCCGACGACUUUCACAAUCACUCCUGCUGUCAGCGGCUCUCUUGGUACAGUUGUCAUUGUGCCGUCAGCAACUUCUUCGGACUUGCUCAUCGACCCCGCGAUCCAAUAUACGACCGUCAUCUCUGCAGGUCCUAUUCCUACGACUUACACAAUCCCUCCCGCAGCAAGUGGUCUCCCUGGUACUAUUGUCGUUGUUCCCACAGCUUCAUCCGAUCUGUCGAUCGACCCUGCUCUCUCACUUACAACGGUUUUCUCUGCGGGUCCAAUCCCUACGACUUACACCCUUCCUCCAGCAUCAAGUGGUCUUCCAGGAACCGUCGUUGUGGUCCCUACCGCUUCGUCCGAUCUGCCUAUCGACCCGGCAUUGUCGUACACAACCGUCUUUUCUGCCGGUCCCAUUCCCACGACGUUCACUCUGCCGCCCCUGUCAAGCGGUCUUCCUGCUGGUCCUAUCCCAACCACCCUUACGAUUCCGCCUGCGGCGAGCGGCCUUCCAGGCACCGUCAUUAUUCAGUCUCCUGGCGUCUUCUUCGACACGAUUACAUCGACGUACGAUGGGACCGCUCCCGCCUUGUCGACUGUCUUCCCGACUGCGGCUGGUGAAACCGGUACCGUUAUCGUCCUUGUGCCUUCCGGCCUUGUCCCUUCUGCCACGGUGCCGUUGACGACACCGACUCUCACCCGCAGCCAGGUCACGAUCACUUCUCUUUACACUGGCAGGAUUCGGUUCAGCACCACCAUUGGCGUCAGCAUCCAAGGAGACCCAACUCUUCCGGACACGGUCGUUGUGUACGUCCCCUUCACCGAGGGCGUAUCUGCGACGCCGACGGCAACCCCUGGUGCAGUUACGACGAUUUUCACCGGAAUCCCAGGAACGUUCGCGGGACCUCAGACUACCACUCUACCAAUCGGCGCAGAUGGUGUGGAAACAGUCCUCAUCCAGACUGCUCUUCCUGCGCUCACUCCCCCUGCUACUGGUCUCACCACAAUCUUCACUGGCAUCCCGGGAACUUUCGUAGGCCCCGUCACCACAACAUUGCCUGCUGGCCCCGACGGCCUCCAGACAGUUCUUAUUCAGACUGCUCUUCCUGGUGUCACUCCUACCGCCACUGGUCUUACUACGAUUUUCACUGGGGUUCCGGGAACUUUCGUGGGUCCUAUCACCACGACACUGCCCGCUGGACCUGAUGGUAUCGAAACGGUACUCAUUCAGACUGCCCUUUCCGGCGUUGUUCCGACUGCCACUGGGCUUACCACGAUCUUCACCGGCAUUCCAGGAACUUUCGUGGGAAGCUUGACGACAACGCUUUCGGCCGGCCUUGAUGGCAUUGAAACAGUAUUGAUCCAAACUGCUUUGCCUAGCAUUACGCCGACCGCUACUGCCGUCACGACCGUUUUCACUGGUAUUCCCGGAACAUUCUUGGGUUCCCUGACGACGACGCUUCCCGCUGGCCCUGAUGGUAUCGAAACCGUUCUUAUUCAGACUGCGUUAUCAGGAGUCGUCCCGAGCGCGACCGCUGCCACGACAAUCUUCACCGGUGUUCCUGGCACCUUCUUGGGUUCUGUGACAACCACUCUACCUGCUGGACUUGAUGGUAUCGAGACCGUUCUCAUCCAAACAGCUCUUCCAACGGGAGGCCCUACGGCUAGCCCGACCGCCGGUCCGACCGCAGUCACUACGGUAUUUACAGGUAUCCCAGGAACCUUCAUAGGAUCCCUGACAACCACUUUACCCGCCGGCCCAGAUGGUAUCGAAACUGUUCUGAUCCAGACCGCGUUGACUGCUAUCCCAAGCGCAACUGGCCUGACGACGAUCUUCACUGGUAUCCCUGGCACUUUCAUCGGUCCUGUGACAACAACCUUGCCCGCUGGCCCUGAUGGAAUCGAGACAGUCCUCAUUCAGACUGCUCUUAGUGCUAUCCCGACAGCCACUGGUUUGACAACGAUCUUUACGGGUAUUCCUGGCACGUUCUUGGGUCCUCUCACGACCACGCUCCCGGCUGGUCUUGACGGCAUUGAGACCGUCCUCAUCCAAACUGCUUUGAGUGCUAUUCCGACCGCUACUGGUCUUACCACCGUGUUCACUGGAAUCCCAGGCACUUUCGUUGGACCCGUCACAACAACUCUUCCGGUCGGUCCAAAUGGUAUCGAGACGGUGCUUAUCCAGACUGCUCUGCCUACGGCAAACCCGACCGCAGUUACUACCAUCUUUACUGGUAUUCCGGGAACAUUCUUGGGCUCUUUGACAACAACUCUGCCCGCCGGUCUGGACGGCAUUGAGACGGUACUCAUCCAGACCGCCCUGCCUACGGCUACCGCUGGCGCGAUUACCACAAUCUUCACCGCCGUUCCUGGAACCUUCUCUGGGGUCCGCACUACAACGCUGCCAGUCGGUCUCGAUGGUAUCGAGACUGUCCUUGUUGAGAGUGCCCUGCCAACCGCUCCCCCGAGUGUCACUGUCACGUACACGACCAUCUUCUCGGGCAUCGUUGGCACGUUUGUUGGACCUCAAACGUCCACACUCCCCGCCGGACCUGAUGGUAUCGCAACUGUCAUUAUUGCUUCUGCAAUCCCGUCUGAAAGCAUUCGCUUCACCACGAUUCUCACAGGACUCCCUGGAACAUUUACCGGCACUCAGGUCACCACCUUGCCGGUCGGCACCGACGGCAUUGCGACUGUCUUGUUGCAAACCGCUCUGCCUACGGCUUCGCCAGUCUCGUACACGACACUGCUUACAGGUAUUCCGGGUACCUUCAUUGGCACUCAAGCAACUACUAUGCCUGCUGGCACUGACGGCAUUGCUACCGUAUUGCUUCAAACUGCCUUGCCCACUGUCGCACCUGUUUCCUACACCACUCUGUUCUCGGGUGUGCCUGGUACCUUCGUGGGCACCGUGGCCACAACGCUCCCUGCCGGUACGGACGGCAUCGCAACUGUCAUCUUUCAAACCGCUCUCCCUACACCUACAAGUGCCCCUGGUGCUUCGUACACGACUAUCCUGACUGGUGUGCCGGGAACGUUUAUUGGUACUCUGGCAACCACCUUGCCUGCAGGCCCUGAUGGUCUUGGCACUGUUCUUUUGCAAACUGCUUUGCCGAUUGCAACUUCAACUCCCCCUGGACUGCAGUACACCACGAUUCUUACUGGUGUUCCGGGAACGUUUGCCGGAACUCAAACCAACACUUUGCCCUUGAUUUCCGGCGCCACGAUCGGAACAGUCCUUUUGGAGACCGCCAUUCCCACCGCUAGCCCGAUCGAAUACACGACGCUGCUUACUGGCGUCCCGGGUACUUUCAUCGGAACCCAGACGACCACGCUCCCGAUCAUCAGCGGCACUGUUGGCACAGUCCUGAUCCAGACUGCUCUGCCUACCGCUCAAAGUAUCGACAUUACGUACGUCACCGUCAUUACUGGCGUCCUGGGCACAUUCCCUGGAACCCGCGCUUCAACGGCCCAGCCUACUGGAACCCAACGAACCGGUACCGUCUUCUUGGAGACCGCGAUUCCUGCAAUCACCUCGAAUGCGGUUUCGUACGUCACAAUUGUCACUGGAAUCCCGGCGACCUUCACCGGUACCCAAACUCGAACCUUGUCUGGUAUCGGAGUGGAUGGCCUCGGCACUGUUCUCUUGGAGACUGCGCUGCCCAUCACAACUCCGAUCUCCUACACGACUAUCUUCUCUGGCAUUCCUGGAACGUUUAUCGGCACACAGGCUCUCACUCUGGCUCCUGGUACUGAUGGAUUGGGUACCGUUGUGUUACAGACUGCCAUUCCCUCGGUCCCUGUUCAAUCGUUCACAACCAUCUUCUCCGGUAUCCCGGGUACGUUCCUUGGAACUCAAACUCGUACUCUGUCUGGUACUGGCGCAGAUGGCCUCGGAACGGUUGUGUUGGAGACGGCAUUGCCAACGGCACUCGCUCAGUCCUACACGACCAUAUUUUCUGGCGUUCCGGGCACCUUUGUCGGCACUUCAACGCUUACCCUCCCGGGCACUGGCACGAACGGCCUCGGCACUGUCCUUCUUCAGACAGCAUUUCCUACUGCGCUCGCGGCUUCGUACACGACGGUCUUCUCUGGCAUCCCAGGAACAUUCCUGGGAACCCAAACUCGCACCCUCUCUGGAACUGGUGCAGACGGUCUUGGUACAGUUGUUUUGGAGACUGCUUUGCCUACGGCAUUGGCCCAGUCUUAUACCACGAUUUUCUCUGGCGUCCCUGGCACGUUCGUGGGAACUUCGACGCUCACUCUGCCUGGCACUGGUAUCGACGGACUUGGCACGGUCGUUCUUCAGACGGCUAUCCCUACUGCAAGCCCAACUGUGAGCCUUCAGUUCACCACGCGUGUUACGGGUAUUCCUGGAUCCUUCAUCGGAACCCAGACGACUACUCUACCUGUCGUUGGCACUGGCAACUUGGCCACGGUCCUACUUCAGACUGCCGUUCCUGUGGUGUCUUACGUGACCCAGGUCACGGGCAUUCCGGGCACUUUCGUUGGAACAAGCACGCGAACCCUGCCCAUCGCCGGCACAGGCAACGUGGGAACGAUUCUUCUGGAGACAGCCGUUCCUUUGGCUUCGUUCACGACCAUCUUCAGCGGUGUCCCUGGCACAUUCGCCGGAACGCAGACUCGCACUUUGCCAGCUCUUGGCACUGACGGUCUGAUUACCGUCGUUCUUGAGACUGCUGUACCCGAGGCUACUUCAUCCGCUGCGCCGUCUGUCACGGUCAUCAACACAUCCUAUGUCACGAUCAUCACGGGUGUCUUUGGUACUUUCGAUGGAACUCAGACAACGACCCUACCUGCCGCGGUCACCAAUCCUGGCUUGGUCACUGUCGUCCUUCAGACUGCCAUCCCUAGCGCUGGCACAACUGCGUUCACCACGAUCCUCACAGGCAUCCCUGGCGCCACUUUCCCCGGCACCAGGGCGAGCACUUUGCCCGUCAUUGGAACUCUCGGAACUGUACUCCUCGAGACAGCCAUUCCCAGUGUACCCGCGACUUCAUUCACGACGAUCUUCACUGGAAUCCCAGGAGCCACGUUCGUCGGCACCCAGUUCAGCACUCUACCUGUCACCGGUUCCAUUGGCACCGUUCUCGCAGAGACUGCUCUGCCUGCCAUCCCGACAAUGUCGCUCACCACCAUCUUCACUGGUAUUCCUGGAGCUACUUUCAUCGGUACGCAGUUCUCGACUCUUCCCGCUACUGGAACGAUCGGCACGGUAUUGGCUCAAACCGCGCUCCCUGCCCUUCCGACGACCUCGUUCACCACGAUCUUCAGUGGAAUUCCAGGAGCUACCUUCGUUGGUCCUCUCACCACCACGCUUCCAGUUACUGGCACGAUUGGCACCGUUAUCAUCGAGAGUGCACUGCCCGCGGUGAUUUCGUACAUCACCGUUCCAACUGGCGUGCCCGGCGCAAGCUUCGUCGGCACUCAGUUCUCUACCCUACCCCUCACAGGUGCCAUUGGUACUGUCUUGGCUCAAACCGCGCUCCCGGCUGACAUUUCGUAUGUCACGAUUCCCACCGGAGUACCUGGGGCUACCUUCAUCGGAACCCAACUCACCACUCUCCCGGUGACUGGUACUAUUGGUACGGUUUUGGCUCAAACUGCCAUCCCCAAUGCAGUCACGUCUUAUACCACGGUCCUCACUGGCGUCAUCGGCACCUUUGCCGGCACACGAGCAACAACUCUUCCCGUUACUGGCACCCUUGGAACCGUGCUCUUGGAGACAGCUCUUCCAGUGCCGACGUCGUACACGACGCUCAUCACCGGAAUCCCGGGCACAUUUAUCGGCGCUCAGACAACUACCUUGGCAGGCUCAGGAACAGUCGGCACUGUACUUAUACAGACGGCGCUGCCUCUGCCACCAGUCACUUCGUACACCACGAUCCCGACUGGCACCAUCGGCACGUUCGUCGGCACUCAGACAAUCACCUUGCCGCUUACUGGCACUUUGGGCACCGUUUUGCUCCAGACCGCCAUCCCGCCUAUUGUUACUGUCUACACCACGAUUACUCGCGGCGUCACUGACACGUUUGUGGGCACUCGUACUUCAACGGGCCCGGUCAGCGGAACGCUGGGUACGGUAUUCGAGGAAACGGCUAUUCCGCCUUUGUCUACAUCAUACGUCACUCUCGUCACUGGUGUUAUCGGGACAUUUGCGGGUACGCAGACGACGACUUUGCCCGUUACUGGAAACAUCGGCACCGUCUUGCUUGAGACUGCUUUACCUGUUCCAACCUCCUACACGACAAUCUUGACUGGCGCUCCUGGCACUUUCACUGGCACUCGCGUGACGACGCUACCCGUCAGCGGCACCCUUGGUACGGUUCUUUUGCAGACGGCGUUGCCCAUCCCAACGUCAUACGUUACAGUCACAACCGGCAUUCCGGGCACCUUCACUGGUACUCAGGUAUCAACGAUCCCAGGAUCUGACACUAUUGCCACCGUGGUGCUUCAAACGGCCCUCCCCCUCCCUACCUCGUACACCACACUCCUCACUGGUGCCCCCGGCACCUUUGUUGGAACCAGAACUACAACUUUGCCGGUUUCUGGCACCCUCGGAACUGUCUUGCUCCAAACUGCUCUCCCUCUGCCGACAUCAUAUGUCACGCAGACUACGGGCGUCCUUGGUGCUACGUUCCUCGGCACUCAGACAACGACAAUUGGAUCCGGAACCCUGGCCACGGUACUCCUCGAGACGGCCCUUCCCUUCCCUACAUCGUACACCACGAUCUUCACAGGUGUCCCUGGAGCCACUUUCCCAGGAACGCAGACGGUUACUCUCUCUGCUACCGGCACCCUGGCAACAGUCUUGGUUCAGUCCUCAGUUCCAAUUCCGACGUCAUACACAACCGUCUUCACAGGCAUUCCGGGAGCCACCUUUGCUGGACCUCAGACUUCUACACUCGUAGGGUCUGGAUCCAUCGCAACUGUGCUCAUCCAGACUGCUCUGCCAAUCCCGACAUCGUACACCACGAUCGUCACUGGCCUUGCCGGAACUGUGUUCCCCGGAACCCAGACGGUUACGCUUUCGGCCACGGGAACCCUCGGAACCGUUCUGCUUCAGACUGCCAUUCCGUACACGACCGUUCUCACAGGAAUUCCUGGAACCUUCAUCGGAACCCAGGCAAUCACCAUUCCUCCGGUCGGAAGCCAGCUUGGAACAGUCCUUCUCCAAACCGCUUUGCCGCUCUCAUACACCACAGUUACUAGUGGAGUCACGAGCGACUUCACCGGCACAAGAACUCUUACUCUUGAUGGCACGGGCACCAACAUCCGAACUGUCGUCUUGGAGACUGCCAUCCCUGCCCAGGUCAUUGUCUCUUACACGACAAUCAUCACAGGUAUUCUCGGCACUUUCGCCGGCACUCAGACGUCUACAGUUCCCACAACUGGGCCUGGCCAGAGCCUCGUCACCGUUUUCUUGGAGACCGCUAUUCGCCCGAUUUCAUUCACGACAGUCUUCAGCGGAGUCGUCGGCAACUUUGCAGGCACUUCAACCGUUACUCUUCCCACGACCGCCGGCCAGGCCCUUGGUACCGUGGUUCUGCAAACCGCGCUGCAAACUACAUCCUACAUCACAAUUCCUUCGGGCGUACCUGGCAACUUCCAAGGCACCUCACUCAUCACCUUGGACGGCACUGGUCUCAUCAGAACCGUUAUCGCGGAGACAGCCUUGCCCACAACAUCGUACACGACGAUUGUGUCAGGAGUUGCUGGUAACUUCCAGGGCACUUCUCUCAUCACUCUGUCAGGCACUGGUCUCAUCCGAACUGUUAUUGCCGAAACCGCGAUCCCAACGACUGGUUACGUGACGAUUCCCACCGGCGUGCCCGGCAACUUUGCUGGAACUUCGCUCAUCACCCAGUCUGCCGCUCCUGGCGCCACGCUCAUCACCGUCUUGGCCCAAACAGCCAUUCCGACCACCGGAUAUGUGACCAUUCCUACUGGCGUUCCUGGUAACUUCCAGGGUACGUCUUUGAUCACGCAGUCGGCUGCCGCAGGUGCCACGUUGAUUACUGUGUUGGCUCAAACCGCCAUUCCCACGACGGGAUACGUGACAAUUCCCACGGGUGUACCUGGAAACUUCCAGGGCACAUCUUUGAUCACGCAGUCCGCCGCCGCAGGAGCAACGCUCAUCACCGUGUUAGCCCAAACAGCCAUUCCUACUACAGGUUAUGUGACAAUCCCGACUGGCGUCACUGGCAACUUCGCGGGCACCUCCUUGGUCACUCAGUCUGCUCCCGCAGGUGCCACGUUGAUAACGGUGCUGGCUCAGACUGCUAUUCGUACAACAGGAUAUAUCACCAUUCCCACGGGUGUCACUGGGAACUUUGCCGGCACAUCUUUGGUCACUCAAUCUGCUGCCGCGGGAGCUACUCUCAUCACGGUUCUAGCACAGACGGCCAUUCCGACGACGGGAUACAUCACCAUCCCUACCGGUGUGACAGGCACGUUCCAAGGCACGUCUCUGGUCACGCAAUCCGCAGCUGCUGGCGCUACCCUCAUCACCGUUCUCGCGCAGACAGCUCUGCCGACAACCCGCUUCACUACCAUCCCGACUGGUGUUCCUGGAAACUUCCAAGGCACCUCGCUGGUGACUCAGUCAGCCGCCGCGGGAGCUACUCUCAUCACGGUUCAGGCACAGACAGCUCUGCCUACCACGGCUACAACUACCGUCCUCACCGGUGUGCAGGGUGUCUUUGCUGGAACUUCAUACCUCACCCUUACAGGCAGCGGAACCAUCGUCACUGUUCUCGCCCAGACGGCCCUUGCUCAGACUUCUUACGUGACCAUCCCCUCUGGAGUGCCUGGCGCUACCUUCACCGGUACUUCACUGGUCACUCAGUCCGGAACAGGUUUUGUCAGAACAGUAAUCGCAGAGACUGCGCUGCCAACGACAACGUAUGUUACUAUUCCAUCUGGAGUCACUGGAGCCGCCUUCACUGGCACUUCUCUCAUUACCCAAUCGGGCACUGGACUUACUAGAACCGUCAUUGCGGCUACGGCCGUUCCCAUCUCGACCGUCUACACGACCAUCCCGACUGGAGUUGGCGGUUCUUUCUCGGGAACUCGCUACUCAACCGUCAGUGGCACCGGCAGUCUCAUCACCGUGUUUGCACAGACUCGCAUUCCCACGGCCACACGAGUCGUUACGCAGACGUCCUCGCCAUCGGGAUGUAUCCCUACACCCGCCGCAAGCCCUACUGGACGCUGUAUCAACCAGUCACAAGUCAACGCAGUUCCCAUCCCGACUCAGUGUUCUAGCUUGGAUCAAACCCUCCUCGGCGGGGUCCUUACCACUCCUAGUACGUCGCAGCUCAACGCUUGUCAAGCCGCGUUGGGCAACUAUGCCACCAUCCCUCAGGUUGCGGCUUGUACCGUAUCCGGUCUCAGGCUCCUCGGCACAUACGCCGAAUGCAUCAGGACCGGUCUUGCCAGUGCAACUGGCUGUGUCACAAGCCUGCCGAUCUCGUGUACCAAUAUCGAGGCUGCGACGGGUGUCGCCGCCAUUACGGCUCAGGCCAACGUAUGUAUCGCAAACUUGGGAAUCUUCGGAUAUUCUGGGCUGUUCGGCAGCACCGUCAAUUUGGCAACUUGCAUCACGAACAACGCAGCCACUUCUGGUCUGGCGGUCCUCAAUUGUAUCGAACAAGGCACCGGCCUGCCCAUCAACAGCUCCAGAGCAAGCACGGCGGUACUGUGCCCGUCAGGAACAGCUUGCCCACAAGUUCCCACAGCUUGCGGAGCCCUUCUGGAUGCGUCGUUCAACUUGACGAACGGUCUCGAAGCACAGGUCAACCUCUGUCAGGCGGCUCUGGUGGUCAACUCCAUUACAGGUGUUCUCAGCACGACUCUUGCAAACCCCUUGGGCACAGUCGACUGUCUGGUCGGCACCCUGCUCACGACCGUCAACAAUCUGCUCAGUCCACAGCAGCAAUACGGCCAGUGUUUCUUGCAAAAGAUCCAAGCCAGCUGUAUCACCAGCUUGCCUAAGACCUGUCUCAACAUCGGCGUGGGCGCCCAAGCGAGCGGCCUUGCCAGCAACGUGAACGCGGCGGUAUCAGUCACGGAUCUCCUCAGCUGUGUCACGAGUCUAGGCUUGCUGGCGAACAGAGUCGACCCGAACUGCUUCAACGUCAGCUUGGGCUCACAAGGCAUCGUUUCUUGCCUGAACCUCAGCUUGUUCGGCGUCGCCACCGUCAACGUUGUCACCAAAUAA